AUGAGCCUCGCUGGAUCACAGGCCGAGGUUUCCCGGCGGCUAAUGAGCCCCGACCGAUCCCUCAACCAUUUGCAGUUCUGCACCCCCGAAGACCCCACUCCCGACGACUUAGCCGGUCCCUGGCCCGAAGAACCCCUAUCAGCCCAGAGUAACACUUCCGAGGACAUUGUCUCUCUGAUGUUGCCCAUGCGCGGUGAUUGA